AUGGAGAUUCGUCGAACAACUAAAGAGAAAUCAAGGUUUUUGGCUCGCGCAUGGAGCUGGCUUAAGACCCUUUGUUGCAGCUUCAGGGCCAAAGUUAUUGAGUUUGCAAAGAGCAUUGAGGAACUCGGAAAAAAUGAUCCAAGACGAAUCAUUCACUCUUUCAAAGUGGGGCUUGCCCUCUCAAUGGUCUCUUUAGUAUACUAUACCAGGCCCUUGUAUAAUAGCUUCGGAGUCGCCGGCAUGUGGGCCGUCCUCACGGUGGUCGUUGUGUUCGAGUAUACCGUAGGUGGAACCCUAAGCAAGUGUCUCAACAGAGGCUUUGCAACAUUGUCAGCCGGAGCUCUCGGGUUCGGAGCAAAACAUUUGGCAAGCCUUUCUGGCAAGAAUGGCGAACCGAUUAUUCUCGGAAUCCUUGUCUUCUUACUAGCUGCUGCAUCUACAUUCACUCGUUUCUUUCCAAAGAUUAAGGCGAGAUAUGAUUAUGGAGUGUUGAUAUUUAUACUAACAUUCAGCCUGGUAGCUGUUUCUGGGUAUCGAGUUGAUGAAAUUUUGGUGUUGGCUCAUCAAAGAUUCACAACAAUUUUAAUCGGCGGAGCAACUUGUAUUAUUGUAUCCAUUUUCGUUUGUCCAGUUUGGGCUGGCGAAGAUCUUCACCAUCUUCUUGUUUCCAAUUUAGAAAAGCUAGGAAACUACCUUGAAGGAUUUGGAGGUGAAUAUUUCCAAAAUUUAGAGAGUUCUGAAGAAGUUGUAGUUAAGAAAGACAAGUCAUUUCUUCAAGGGUACAAAAGUGUUCUCACUUCAAAGAAUACUGAAGAUUCUUUGGCAAAUUUAGCAAGAUGGGAACCUGGACAUGGGCGUUUCGGGCUUCGUCAUCCAUGGAAACAAUACUUAAAGAUCGGAGGUCUUGCUCGACAAUGUGCUUACCAGAUUGAAGCUCUUAAUGCUCUUAUCAAAAACUCCGAUUUUCAAAUUCCACCAGAAUUACAAGGUGAAAUUCAACAACCAUGCAUAAAGAUGAGUGCAGAAUCAGGCAAAGCCCUGAAAGCAUUAGCUUCAUCAAUUAAAACAAUGGCUGAUCCAUCGGCCGCAAACCCUUUUGUCGAAGCCUCGAAAAAUGCCAUAAAAGAUUUGAAAGUAACUCUCAAAGCUGCAAACUUAAGCACAAGCAAUAUUGUAAAUCUCCAAGAGAUCGUUCCAGCUGCAACACUGGCUUCAAUCCUAGUCGAAAUCGUUAAAACCGUCGAAAAAACUUUCGAUGCAGUGAAUGAACUGGCAAAUUUGGCUCAUUUCAAGACUGUGGAAGCAACAGUUUCACCUGAGUUGAAGGUGCAGCCUCGUGAAUGGCUCCACAGAGGAAGUCUGCAGCCUGUUUUAGAUGGAAAUAUCAGUAAUCAUGUUGUUAUCGACAUAGAUAGGGCGUUGGAUUCUGGGGAAAAUUCUAAAGAAAAUGAUGGGAAUAUUUCUAGGGAAAUUUCAAAGAACAGAGAAAGAAUUUAA